AUGGUCUGUGCGGAUAAGGCCCUGCUGCAUGUGAGAAUUUCAAGGGUGCAGCUAUGGCUGGGGGUUUGCCUCGCCCUUUCUGCAUAUCCCCUGAGUGGGCAUGCUCAGCCCCACACACAUCCAGAAGUGGUGAUACCAUUGAGGGUCUCUGGCACUAGUGGAGACAUAAGGUCUCCAACCUGGUUGUCCUAUAGUAUGAGAUUUGGGGGCCAGAGACACAUUGUCCACCUGAAGGCCAAGCGGGUGCUGGUAUCCAGUCAGUUUUCUGUGUUUACCUACACUAAGCAGGGUGCUCUUCAAGAAGAGCAGCCUUUCAUCCCAAAGGACUGCUACUACCAUGGGUAUGUGGAAGGGGACCCAGAGUCCAUGGUUGCUGUCAACACCUGCCUGGGGGGCUUUCAAGGAACAAUACAGAUAAAUAACACCAGUUAUGAAAUCAAACCCAAGAACCUUUCUUCCACAUUUGAACAUGUGAUUUAUAACUUGGACAGCAAUGAUACCCAGCUGUCCCAGAUGGGAUGUGGAUUAACGGAAGAAGAAAUAGCACGACAAAUGAAGAUUCAAGAUAGCGACGACUCUAUACUGAUGCAAAGUAGCUAUGAGGGCUGGUGGACCCAUCAAACAUUCAUUAAAGUUGCAACGGUUGUAGAUUAUAAUCAUUAUGUAUAUAGAAAACGUAACGUCACAGCAGUGCAUGUAGACCUUCUUACAAUUGUAAAUCUCAUUAAUGGAUAUUAUGAGUCUCUGGAUACAGAGGUGUUCCUUGUUGGAUUUGAGCUUUGGAAUGAAAAAAAUCUAAUUAACGUAAAAGGAAAAAUGAAUGAUGUCAUGACAAUAUUUUGCAUUUGGAAGGCAAAUAUUGCUCUUCGCCUUCCUCAUGAUAGCAUGCAAUUUAUUGUAAGACAGGAUUACGGAAGACUUAUUGGUUUAGGGUAUGUGAAAACGAUAUGUAGUAACAAAUAUAAUUGUGGAAUAAAUAGCUUUGAUAGCAAUGACAUGAUUCGCAUUGGAUACAUUGUGACACAUGAGCUGGGCCAUAACUUGGGUAUGUAUCAUGAUAAUGGAACAUGUACUUGUGGUUCAAAUGAGUGUAUCAUGGCAAAAAGAAUAACUACUUCCAAAAGAUUCAGCAACUGUAGUUAUAAGGAGGCAUUUAACACUCUUCUGACACGUGCCUGUAUACGCAAUAUAAAAAAAACAGAGAACAUCAUCAAACUGAAACAACAGGUCUGUGGGAAUGGUGUGGUUGAAGGUGGAGAAUUAUGUGACUGUGGAUCCACGGUAUCUUGUAUGAAAGAUCCCUGUUGCAUGACAGAUUGCACUCUAAAAAAUGGUUCUGAUUGUGCCGUGGGGGGUUGUUGCAAAGACUGCCGCUUCAUGCCACCAGGCACACUGUGUAGAGACGUGGCAAAUGAGUGUGAUCUUCCUGAGUGGUGCAAUGGAACUUCACAGGAAUGUCCUGAUGAUGUGUAUAUGCAAGGAGGAAGCCCUUGCAAGGACAAUAACUACUGCUAUGAAAAGAAGUGUCAUAAUCGUGAGGAACAGUGUCACCAAAUUUUUGGCAACCAAUCCAGAAGUGCAGAACAGAGCUGCUACAAAGAAGUGAACAGCCGAGGUGACCGUUUUGGCAACUGUGGUAUGACAAGGGACACUUACAGAAGAUGUCGUUCCUCACAUGCCCUUUGUGGCCGAAUUCAGUGUGAGAAUGUGACAGAGAUUCCUGAUAUGAGAGGUCAUACCACUGUGCAUUUUCAUAAAGUCAAUAGCAUCACUUGCUGGGGUAUUGACUACCACUGGGGGCUGAAAACACCUGAUGAUGGUAAUGUGGAAGACGGCAAUGCCUGUGGUGUGAAACAUAUGUGCUUGCGCAGGAGGUGUGUUCCUGUGAAACUUUUGCAACGAGAUUGCCAUUCUAAAACCUGCAAUAAGAGAGGAGUCUGCAACAAUAAAGAUCACUGCCAUUGUGAUGUUGGAUGGAACCCACCACAGUGCCUGUCUUCUGACAUCACUUCUUGGUGUCACCACCCUAUGAGCCAUCGACCAAGCACCAGCAAGCCCAGGGAAAAUCCUGUGUCUGUCUGUAUCAGAGUAUCCGCAGACUGGGCUUCUGUCAUGCUCCCAUACCUCAGAAUACUCCCUGGUUCUCAGGACAGUAUUUCUGCUAAAGCCGAAGUGGCUAUAGUGCUCCUUUGUUCUGCAGAAGACUUGACACUGCUGGCUGGUUAUUGGAUUCCUUCUCCCCCUCCUAGAUCUUCUCCCUUCUCUUUGCAACCUGCAUGA